AUGACGACGAACUUAUUUAUUCCAUAUGUGCUGACCAUAGGAAGAAACCUGGCUCUAAAACAGCAGGCAACAGACCCUAUCCCAGUGGAUGGGGAUACAAGCAACUCCAAUUGUUUGAACUCUAGCAGCUGGAGAGUUUCCUUGGCUAGACCGUCUUAUAUAAAUAGCAUCAUCAUCCACACCGACAAUGUCUGCAUCAAUCCCUAUUUCGACCAAGGAUGUGCCUCUAUGCACCAGCGUACGUGUCGACCGGAGUUCUGUCACAAUGUCGAGAGCUCAUGCUUGGAGUGCAUGCCACCAUAUAGGGUGUGCGAAAACGAUGCUCAGCAUAAAUACACGGACAUUGCCAACCCGCUUAUUAGAGACUGCGAACAUGGAACCUACGGCCAGGGUUGUGGCUUAAACUGUAGCGUCAAAUGUGAGAAUCAGACCUGUGACAGCAUCACAGGCCGGUGUUUGAGUUGUCCCCCUGGAUGGCGGGGAGACUACUGUGAACAGGAUUGUGAUAAACACUACUACGGAAAAAACUGUACGGAAACUUGCAGCGAAAACUGCGUCGACCAGCUGUGUAACAUAACAGAUGGCGUCUGUCUAAGCUGUCCUGUUGGGCGCCUGGGCGACUUCUGCGAUAAAGGUGGGUGGAAAUGA